CGGAAGGAACGGCCACGUCAUCUUCGGGCUGUGCUCGCCACCCUAGCAGUGGAUGGUGGGAGGCAAGAUGGCGGCGGCAGCUAGUAUUCGGGAGAGGCAGACAGUUGCUUUGAAGCGUAUGUUGAAUUUCAAUGUGCCUCAUGUUAAAAACAGCACAGGAGAACCAGUAUGGAAGGCUUUUGCACUCUGAUCGAGACCCUAUUCCAGAUGUUCCUGCAGUGUACUUUGUAAUGCCAACUGAAGAAAAUAUUGAUAGAAUGUGCCAGGAUCUUCGUAAUCAGCUGUAUGAAUCAUAUUAUUUAAAUUUUAUUUCUGCUAUUUCAAGAAGUAAAUUGGAAGAUAUUGCAAAUGCAGCAUUAGCAGCUAGUGCAGUAACACAAGUAGCAAAGGUUUUUGAUCAGUAUCUCAAUUUUAUUACUUUGGAGGAUGAUAUGUUUGUAUUAUGUAAUCAAAAUAAGGAACUUGUUUCAUAUCGUGCUAUUAAUAGACCAGAUAUCACAGACACAGAAAUGGAAACAGUUAUGGACACUAUUGUUGACAGCCUCUUCUGCUUUUUUGUUACACUGGGUGCUGUUCCUAUCAUCAGAUGUUCAAGAGGAACUGCAGCAGAAAUGGUGUCAGUGAAACUAGAUAAGAAACUUCGGGAAAAUCUAAGAGAUGCAAGAAAUAGUCUUUUUACAGGUGACACACUGGGAGCUGGCCAGUUCAGCUUCCAAAGGCCUUUAUUAGUCCUCGUUGACAGAAACAUAGAUUUGGCAACUCCUUUACACCAUACUUGGACAUAUCAAGCAUUGGUGCAUGAUGUACUGGAUUUCCACUUAAACAGAGUAAAUUUGGAAGAAUCUUCAGGAGUGGAAAACUCUCCAGCUGGUGCUAGACCAAAGAGAAAAAACAAGAAGUCUUAUGAUUUAACUCCAGUUGAUAAAUUUUGGCAGAAACAUAAAGGAAGUCCAUUCCCAGAAGUUGCAGAAUCAGUGCAGCAAGAACUGGAAUAUUAUAGAGCACAAGAAGAUGAGGUCAAACGACUUAAAAGCAUUAUGGGGCUAGAAGGGGAAGAUGAAGGAGCCAUAAGUAUGCUUUCUGACAAUACUGCUAAGUUAACAUCAGCUGUGAGUUCUUUGCCAGAACUUCUUGAAAAAAAAAGACUUAUUGAUCUCCAUACAAAUGUUGCCACUGCCGUUUUAGAACAUAUAAAGGCAAGGAAACUGGAUGUAUAUUUUGAAUAUGAAGAAAAGAUAAUGAGCAAAACUACUCUGGAUAAGUCUCUUCUAGAUAUAAUAUCAGAUCCUGAUGCAGGAACUCCGGAAGAUAAAAUGAGGCUGUUUCUUAUCUAUUACAUAAGCACACAGCAAGCACCUUCUGAGGCUGAUUUGGAGCAAUAUAAAAAAGCUUUAACAGAUGCAGGAUGCAACCUUAACCCUUUACAAUAUAUCAAACAAUGGAAGGCUUUUGCCAAGAUGGCCUCAGCUCCUGCCAGCUAUGGCAACACCACCGCUAAACCAAUGGGUCUCUUAUCACGAGUCAUGAAUACAGGAUCACAGUUUGUGAUGGAAGGAGUGAAGAACCUUGUGUUGAAACAACAAAAUCUUCCUGUUACUCGUAUUUUAGACAAUCUCAUGGAAAUGAAGUCAAACCCUGAAACUGAUGACUAUCGAUAUUUUGAUCCCAAAAUGCUGCGGGGCAGUGACAGCUCAGUUCCUAGAAACAAAAAUCCAUUCCAAGAGGCAAUUGUUUUUGUGGUGGGAGGAGGCAACUACAUUGAAUAUCAAAAUCUUGUUGACUACAUAAAGGGGAAGCAAGGCAAACACAUUUUGUAUGGCUGCAGUGAGCUUUUCAAUGCUACGCAAUUCAUGAGACAGCUAUCACAACUUGGACAGAAAUAACACAGAAGAACCUAAAUAUGAGAAUCUACUUGGAACUUGGAUAAAUGUAAAAAGUCAAAAGAGCUAGAUAUUUCCCUCUCCAUAACAAUGUUCUAAUAGUGAAACUCAGAUUUAUUAAUUUUUAAGGAAAUUCUGUACUUAAUAUAAUGUAUACUGAUCAAAAGAAUAAACCAUUUCAGAAAUAUAACUGUAA